GCUCAGGGAGCGCGCAGCGCGCCGAUUGCCGGCGAGCUGUGUCCCUUGGACACAGUGGAUCACGGAAAGAACCAAAGAUGUCGCCUCAGUCAUGUGAUCAGCUGUGUCCAAUCACAGCUGACCACUGAUCAUCAGGGCAUUGAUGAUCAGUGUGCCCUGAUGAUCAGUCUGGCCCCAGAAGUGCCACCUGUCAGUGUCCAUCAGUGCCAGCAGUCAGUGCUCAUCAGUGCCACGUGCCAGUGCCCAUCAGUGCCACAUAUCAGUGCACAUCAAUUCCACAUAUCAGUGCCCAACUGAGCUGCCUUUCAAUGUCACCCAUCAGUGCCAGUCAGUGCCUCCCAUCAAUGCCAAUCAGUGCCACCUAUCAAUGCCAGUCAGUGUCGCCUAUCAGUAUGCAUCAGUGCUGCCUAUCAGUGCCACCUAUCAGUG